CAGCAGCAAAAUACUGCUUGGUUGUGCCUGACACACAAUUUUCUUCGGCCGCAAACGCUUUUAAGCACUGCUACCGCCAAGUCGCAUCCCAGAAAUAGUUGCUCAGUAGCUGGAAAGAGUUCUGACGAUGUCGUUGAGUGUGGAAACUGUGACAACAACACCCUAUGAGGGUCAAAAACCCGGCACCAGCGGAUUACGCAAAAAGGUUAAGGUUUUUACGCAAAAGAACUAUACCGAAAACUUUGUGCAAUGUAUUCUGGAUGCCAAUGGUGCUGCUCUUAACGGCUCCACCCUAGUAGUGGGUGGUGAUGGCCGUUAUUAUUGCAAGGAGGCUGCGGAACUCAUCAUUCGCAUCUGUGCGGCCAACGGGGUGUCCAAGUUGCUAGUGGGCCAAAAUGGCAUACUCUCUACACCAGCCGUAUCCAGUCUGAUACGUCACAAUAACGCUUUGGGCGGCAUUGUGCUGACUGCUUCGCACAACCCAGGCGGUCCCGAAAACGAUUUCGGUAUCAAGUUCAAUUGUGAGAAUGGUGGACCUGCCCCCGAUGCCUUCACCAAUAAUAUUCAUCAACUGUCCACGGUCAUCAAGCAAUACAAGCUGGUCCCCACACUUCAAAUUGAUAUUGGCAAGGUGGGUGUGAGCAGUUUCGAUGUGGCCGGCAAGAGUUUUGUGGUGGAGGUGAUCGAUUCUGUUGCCAAUUACGUGCGACAUAUGGAGGAGAUCUUUGAUUUCGCCAAGCUCCGUGACUUUGUCAGCGGCAAGGCAACGGGCAAGCCGCUUAAGAUGCGCAUUGAUUCCAUGAACGGGGUGACAGGCGCGUAUGUACGUGAGAUAUUUCUGAAUCGUCUGGGCGCCAGUGAGGCUUCGGUAGUGCACACCACGCCACUGCCCGACUUUGGCGGCUUGCAUCCCGAUCCGAAUCUAACGUAUGCAAAGGAUCUUGUGGAAACAGUGGCCAAGGGAGAUUACGAUAUUGGUGCUGCCUUUGAUGGUGAUGGAGAUCGAAACAUGAUAAUUGGCAGCAAGGCAUUCUUUGUCACGCCCAGCGAUUCACUCGCAGUAAUUGCCCAUUACUUGGAGGCCAUUCCCUACUUUCAAAAGAAUGGCGUGCAAGGAUUUGCCAGAAGUAUGCCGACAGCAUCUGCUGUUGACUUGGUUGGCCAGAAGCUCGGCAAGGAGGUGUUCGAGGUGCCCACUGGUUGGAAGUACUUUGGCAAUUUAAUGGAUGCGGGUCGCCUCUGCCUGUGCGGUGAGGAGAGCUUUGGCACCGGGUCCAAUCACAUACGCGAAAAAGACGGCAUUUGGGCGGUGCUGGCUUGGAUUUCAGUAAUGCAGCAUACAGGAAAAUCCAUUGAGGACAUAUUGAAGCAGCAUUGGUCUGUCUACGGACGCAAUUAUUUUACACGCUACGACUACGAGGAGUGCGCUUUGGAACCCUGCAAUGAAAUGAUGGCCACCAUGGAAAAGAGCAUCACAGCUGCCGGAUUUGUGGGCAAGACAUUCGCUAGUGGUGGCAAGAGCUACAAAGUUAAGGAGGCCGACAACUUCAGCUACACCGAUCCCGUGGACAAAUCAGUGGCCACAAAACAGGGCCUGCGCAUUGUCUUCGAUGAUGGCAGCCGCAUUGUCAUGCGCUUGAGCGGCACUGGCAGCUCAGGCGCCACUGUGCGCUUGUAUAUCGAUUCCUAUGAAAAGGACAAUGUGCUGGGCCAGGCCAGUGUCAUGCUGAAACCUUUGAUUGACAUUGCCUUGGAAAUCUCUGCACUGCCAAAGUUUACGGGCCGCAAUGCCCCCACCGUUAUUACAUAAGCUAAACAUCGAGUCCAACUGCGAGCUACCUCCUCUCAUCUUGUUAGCCGAGUGCAUACUGUUGUUGUUCUUUUCGUCUAUCCUAUCCCAUCAUUACACUCUCAAAUGUACCUCGAAAAGGCAUUUUUUGUUACCUUAUGAAUUUAUUAAAUUUGUGUGUAGCUUA